AUGUCUGCGUUUGUGAAGAAACUUGUUGAAAAGGCUUCUUUGAAGAAGCCUGUGGGAUUUUCAGAUAAUAUCAAACCUGAUGACGUAAACCCCCGUUUGGUUUUCCACUAUGGUAUCCCCACGGGAUCCAUUUUGCUGGCAUAUGACUCCAUUCAACAAAUUCUUGCUAUCGCGACUAAAGAUGGACGAAUCAAAUUGUUUGGAAAAAAUGGCUCACAAGCGCUACUGGAAUCUUCGGAGACAGUACCAAGCAAAUUUUUGCUGUUUAUAGAGAAUCAAGGUGUACUACUAAACAUAAAUGUCAACAACCACAUUGAGGUCUGGGAUGUAGACAGGAAGUGUUUGUCUUAUGUUCAUAAUUUUGAAAAGGAAAUAGCCUCUUUUGUGGCAAUGCAGCACGUUCCUUACCUGUAUGCUGGAGAUUCUACUGGCACUUUAUCAGUAUUGAGAUUAGAUCAAGAGCAAUGGUACAUAGAACAGAUGAAAUACCACAUUCCUCUUUCAGCAUCUCACGGCAAAACAAAUGAAGUUGAAUGUGAUAUUGCUGUAAAUUGUAUACUGCCUCAACCUGCAGCUGAAAGUAAGAGGGCUCUUAUUAUCUAUUCUGAUGGUGUUAUUACAUUAUGGGCAAUUCAAGAAAGCAAAGCAAUUUUUACAGCCGGUGGUACCACAUUGCAAUCUCUAUCUCACGAGACAAAGAAAGUAACAGCAGCUUGUUGGGCUUGCCCUAUUGGAAGUAAAGUAGUUGUUGGAUACAGCAACGGAGAUAUAUUCAUCUGGAGUGUUCCAUGUCCCUUAAAUUCAAAGACUGAACAGGCCUUUCAUAAUGAACUAUGCAGUGGUCAAAGUGCUCCUGUUUGUAAAUUAAAUCUAGGAUAUAGAGCGGAUAAAAUCCCAAUAUCUAAGUUAAAAUGGGCUGAUGUAGAUGGAAAAUCGGGUCGACUAUACGUUUUAGGCUCCUCUGACCAUCUUUCUGCAAACUUGUUGCAGGUCAUUCUACUAAAUGAACAAACUGAAUCUCGCACAAUUAAGUUAAGCAUUCAGCUCCCGGAAUUGUGUGUUGAUAUGGAGAUUAUUUCAAGCUCCGUUGAACAAAACAAGCACAGAUAUGAUUCUCUGCUUUUGCUUGGAAAGUCGGGUCAUGUCUACACUUACGACAAUAGUUUAAUUGAAAGAUACCUGAUACAGAGUCAAACAAAAUCAUCACCAUCUCUCCCGAAGGAGGUAACAGUGGAACUACCAUUUUCGGAUUCAAGGAUCACGGUAUCCAAACUCGUAACAAAUAAUCCAUGCAUGCCAUACUCUGGAGAUGAGAACUUCGAUGUGCUGGCAAAAAAUAGUUUGCCACUUUUUCCAUUCGAGGGAAGGCAGAAGGAAGGUAGUAACUCAACCAAUUUUAGUUCAUUUUCUACGGCUCGGAACUUGUACAUAACAGGACAUAAUAAUGGAGCCAUUAACUUUUGGGAUGCAUCAUGCCCACUUCUGCUUCCAGUAGCAUCUCUAACUCAACAGAGCGAUAAUGAUUUUUCCUUAACUGGUGUACCAUUGACAGCAUUGUACUUUGCCUAUGACUCGCGAAUCCUAAUAUCUGGAGAUCAAAGUGGAAUGGUGCGCAUUUAUAAACUUAAAUCAGAGCCAUUUGCACCUCAGAGCAGUUUUUUGUCCUUGCAAGGAAGUUCGAAGAAAGGAAACAAUAUCAUCCGUAGCAUUAAACUUGUAAAGGUUAAUGGCGCUGUACUUUCAAUACGCACAUCCCAAAAUUUAAAACAGCUUGCUAUCGGGUCUGAUCAAGGAUAUGUAUCAUUAAUUGAUCCGGAGGGUCCCACUCUUUUGUAUGAAAGGCAUAUUCCUAGCGAACUCUCCACAGGGAUUAUAUCGACGCAUUUUGAAACUAGUAAAUUUCAUGGUUUUGAGAAAAAUGUUUUGAUAGUGGCAACAAAAGAUUCAUCAGUUUUGGCACUUGAGAGUGAUACAGGAAACACACUUAGCUCCAGCGUUGUCCAUCCAAAGAAACCCUCUAGAGCUUUAUUUAUGCAGAUUUUGGGUGGACAGGGUGUGUCUGGUAGAGGAUAUACUGUAUCAGAUGGUGUAAGCAUUAAUAACGUGAACUAUGAUGAUGCCAUACUAUUGUUAUGUGCAGAAAAAGCUGUUUAUGUAUAUUCCUUAUUGCAUGUAGUUGAGGGAACUAAGAAAGUGCACUACAAAAAGAAGUUCCAUUCCUCUUCUUGUUGCUGGGCAUCAACUUUCAGCACUCCUAGUGAUGGACUUGUACUUCUUUUCUCUGAUGGAAAAAUUCAGAUAAGGUCCCUUCCAGAAUUAUCCCUUCUGAAGGAAACUUCAGUGAAUGGACUCAUGUUGUCGACAUCGAAAGCAUCCUCAAUUUCUGACAAUUCAGUGUCUUCUUCACAUGACGGUGAAAUUAUCAUUGUUAAUGGUGAUCAAGAGUUGUUUUUCCUCUCUAUUUUUCUCUGCAUGGAGGCUUACAGACUUCUGGACCCUGCUUCCCAAGUUUUUAAUAAAGACCUGGUCAAUGCUCAAGCGAUCGUUUCUCUCCCUUCCGUUAAAGAAAAGAAGAAGGGUAUAUUCAGCUCUGUUAUUAAAGAAAAUAAAGGGACAAAAUCAAAGAAUGGGCUUGAGUUGGAAGCUGAAGAUUCUAGAAAAAGUAUUGAGGAACUAGCAUUGAUAUUUUCAGCUGCUAACUUUCCAACUGGAGUAGAAACUGAAACAAAGAUUAUUAAUAAUGACGAGGAUGAUGACUUGGAUAUAGAUGACAUUGACAUUGACAUUGAAGAUCCAAAAGAGAAGCCAAAAGGACAUCCAAUGAUAGAGGCACUGAAUAAACAGAACAUCAAAAAUAAAUUUCAAACAAUUAAAGGUAAGUUGAAACAUGCUAAGGUGAAGAAUGAUAAAACACCAGCAAAUGAAGAGCCUCGAGAAGAAAAGGCUGGUGCUGCUGUUGAUCAAAUAAAGAAAAGAUAUGGAUAUGUUUCUUCUGGUGAGUCAAGUGCUGCCAACAUGGCAAAGACAAAGCUCAGUGAAAAUUUGAAGAAGUUACAGGGCAUCAACUUGAAAACUACUGAGAUGCAAGAUACAGCCCGAUCAUUUUCUUCUAUGGCCAAAGAGCAAAGCAAGGCAUAUCUCUCUGUACUAGGGCAAUUAUUUUCUCUCUCUAGACGAGGUUACGCCAUGAAAGGAGGUAGAUCCAAGGCUGAUACUAGGAAGGCUGAAAGCAAGCUGUCUGUGAAAAAAGGUGCAGCAGCCGGGAAGAAGGCGGCACCAAAGGGCAAGCCUGCGAAGGACCCAAACAAACCAAAGAGGCCAGCUAGUGCCUUCUUCGUUUUCAUGGAGGACUUCAGGAAACAAUACAAAGAGAAGCACCCCAACAACAAAUCGGUUGCCGCUGUCGGAAAAGCUGGCGGUGACAAGUGGAAAUCCUUGUCGGAAGCUGAGAAAGCUCCCUACGUUGCUAAGGCUGAAAAACGGAAGGUUGAGUACGAAAAAACCCUCGAGGACUACAAUAAGAAAAUGGAUGAAGGAGCUGGCGCUGAAGAAGACGAAUCCGACAAGUCGAAAUCCGAAGUGCAUGACGAGGACGAUGAAGACGAGGAUGGAAGUGGAGAGGACGAAGAUGACGACGAUGAGUAG